GUUUCCAAGUACACAGUAAAGUGCUGACUCUUGAAAGAGCAAGUACUCGUGUAUUACAUACUUACUAACUUAUGUACACUUACUCUUUACUGUUUAUUACUUUCCCAAUUAAUUACUGCGACUUGCAAACAAUCGAACAAAAGUGUCUUGUUUACUAUUUAGUUCAAUUUCAUUCGCUCAAUUUGUAAUUAGUGCAAUGAAUAUUAAAUUAAUUAUUAUUUUAGUUAUUUAUAGUUUUGAUUCAAUUUCUGGAGGAGGAAUUGACGUUGAAAAAAAAAUUAGAAAAUUGAGAGGAGAUUUGGGUGAAGAUGGUGAUUGUGAUGAUGAAGAGGAAGAAAGUAUUGUUAGGAUUCAGUGGGAAGGAAACGGUAAUUUUGGUAAAAGAUUUACUGUUUCCAGUGAAAUCAGUUCCGCUGAAUCGGGGGUUCCGUUACCGAUACUAGAACCCCCGUUUCAUUAUUAUUCGUCGUCGAUAAAUGAUUUUGAGCGGGAAGGUCCUAACAGUGAAAGGGGUGGAUUGCAAGUAAAUGUUAGAGGAGGAAAUUAUAGUGAAAGUAGUGGAAAAUUGAAAAUUUAUGAAAUUACUACGGGAGUGUCAUUAAGUGGCGAUGAAUCCAGCGGAUUUAGGGGAAAGAAAGAAGAGGAUUUGAGAAGAAGUCGGGAUGGGGAUGAGGAUAAAAGAAAAUUUGGUGAAAAACAAAAUAAAAAUUUUGGAAAAUGGGAAAGUGAUACUAGUUUCAGAAAUUUUGUUGAGAGGAAAAAUUUUGGAAAAGUGGAAAAUGAAGAUAAUAUCAGUAGAUGGAAAAGUGACGGAAAUUCCGGAAAAGGGGAAAAUGAAGAUAAUUUUGGUAAAUGGAGAAGUGAUGGAAAUUUUGGGAAAACGGAAAAUGAAGACAGUUUUAGAAAAUGGAAAAGUGAUGGACAUUUUGGAAAAGUUGAGAAUGAAGAUAAUUUCGGCAAAUGGAAAAGUGAUGAAAAAUUUGGAAAGGAUGAAGAUUUUGUAAAACUAAAAAAUUAUGGUAAAGAAAACAACAAUAGUAAUUUUGAUAGAUGGGAAAACUAUGAAAAUUUUAAAAUCGGAGACACGAAAAAUAAUUUUGGGAAAUUAGGAGAUGAUGAUAUAAGAAAAACUGAUAUUAGUGCAAGUAUUGGAAAAGUGGAAAAUAGUAGUGAUUUUGGAAAAUGGGAAAGUAAAAAUGUUGAAUACAAUGGAAACAAUAAAAAUUUUGGAAAACUCAACAGUGAAAUUACUGGGAAAUUUUAUGAUAGUGAAAAUCGUGGGAAAUACGAAGGUCAUAAUAACUUUGGAAAUAAAGAAAAUAUUGGCAAAUGGGAUAGUAAUGAAAGGCUAAGGAACGAUAAGAAAAUUGAAAAUGAAGGAAAAACAGAAGAAAAUUUUUUUAGAAAUUUCCAAAAUGAAAAUUAUUUUGGAAAAUGGGAAAACGAUAAUAAAUUUGACAGAAAUGGAAAUUUCGGAAGUUUUGGAGACGACGGAAAUUUACGAAAGUUUGAAAAGAGUCCGAAUUUAAAAGUAUUAAGAAUUGAUGAAAAUCCAAAAAAAUUUCCGAAUAAUGACGAUUAUAAACCGUUUCAAAAUUUUAGAAAUUUCGGAACUGGUCCAAGUUUGAAAGUAUUGAAAAUUGACGAAAAUUCUCGAAAUUUCCAAAGUAAUGAAGAUUUCAAACAGUUCCAAAAUAAUAAACACUUCGGCAAUGGUCAAAAUUUAAAAGUUUUGAAAAUUGGCGAAAAUUUUGAGCGAUUUCCAGCCACAGAAAAUGUACGAAAAUUCGAAAAUAGUGACACGUUGAAAGUACUGAAAAUUGACGAAAAUCGCGAAAAUUUCCAUUCCACCGGAAAAUUUCAUGACGACCUAAAAAUUAAUAGUGGAAAUUUAGAAAACAUUCAUAAUUUCGAAAAAUCAAAAAUUACUUAUCAAAAUAUUAAUGACGGAUGGUUCAACAGUAAAACUCGAAAUAAUAAUUUUGACAUUGACGACUUUAAGAAAAUUAAUGAAAGUGAUGGAAAAUGGAAAAAUUUUCUAAAUGUUCAAAAUAACGAAAAUUUCAAUAAUUUCGAUCAUGAUCAAAAACACGAAAAUCGUAACAAAAAUGAAAAUGAAAGCGAUGAAAAUAAUGAAAAUGAGCAGAUAAAAUUAAAUAUUUGGGAUCCAAGUAAAUCAGCCGUAAAAUCACGACCAACGCAAUCACCCAGCGUAAUCCAAGCCAAUCAAUUGAAAGCUUACCCGUCGAGGGGAAACCGCAAGUAUCAACAUCACACUUCAGAAAGUGACGAAAUUACCUCUGAAAGAAGAAACUCCUGGGGAUUUUCUCGAGAAAAAUAUCUGAGAAAAAAAAUAGCCCACAGUAAUGGUGUCAAUCAUUUUAGAUAUAUUGAUUCAAAUAAAUUUGGCGCGAUUCCUGGAGUACCUGGAAGAGACUACCCAAUAAACACUGAAAAUAGGCCAAGUAGUUCUAAAAAAUUUACUUGUCCAAUACGCACCAAGACUCAUAUUUAUAUAGCUGAUCGAUCUUCUCGCUGCCAAGUAUUUUACGUAUGCUACGCUAAUAAUCCAGCCGUGCAGAUGGUCUGUCCAGAUGGCACGCUUUUCAAUCAGCAACUGCAAGUGUGUGAUUGGUGGUUCAAUGUCACGUGUUAAUAAAUGGAAUUUUUUUUUAUUUACCAGAAAUUACCUUAAAUUAAUAUUUAAUUUUAAUUUUAAGUAGCUGUAAUUAUAAUAAAGAGCUAUAAUUGUUAAUAAAAAAUUACCUUCCUGUAGUUAAUAUAAAAUUAAACUGUUGUUAUUAU